AGGACUGUACCACUCUGUGCUCCUCCCCCCCCCCCCCCCCUGUACCCGUGCAGUGGUCCGCUCCCCUUCUUCACCUCCUGCUUUGGUUGCAGCCAGAACAGAACAUGAUGGCGAUGGACGGUGGCGAGCGUAACUGUGGAGUGCAUGAGCUGAUCUGCGUCAGAAAAGUGUCUCCAGAGGUGCUGGGCUUUCUGACGGCCAUCGGACUCUUCAUCAUCCUCAUGACCUUCCUCUUCUGGUACAUCAACAACAAGUUGGCACUCGAGAGCUCAGGGAGUCUUCAGUGCCUCGAUGAGUUCAGGAAAAACCCAGAGCGACAAGACACUGACCUGCAGGCCUCGUCCUCAGACAGCGAGGAUGAGGUCAUGGGUCAGUAUCAGGAGGCCGUCAGCCGCUCCCAGGGUCUCCGGGGGGGAGGAGCCAAGGCGGCUGCUACCAUCAAACAUGCCGGAGGUUUCAGCUGGAAGAGCCGACACAAGUACAGCGGCCUGAGCGCCGAUUACCACGGCUACAGCAGCGAAGCUUCAGCUGAUGAUGUAAACUGCAUUCAACGAAUGAGAAGAACUCCACCGCUGGACGAGCUUCAGCCGCCGCCGUACCAGGAUGAGAACGGUUCUCCGCGGAUGUCGUGCACGCUGUCCGACCUGGGAGACGCCAAGUGUGAUCUGUCUCAGACCAGCGGCAGUCCUCACUUGUCCUUCGGCAGCGACGGUCCUGAGACGGAGAGUUACCUCAACAAAGGUUAUGAAGAAGAUGUUCCCAGUGACAGCACGGCUGUUCUCAGCCCAGAGGACAUGUCAGCCCGAGGAUCUGCAGCACGCUUCCCUAAAGGUUACCAACCGGAGCCUGGCACAAAGUUCGGGACCCUGGACGUGGUGUUUGACUACGACUCAGAGGAGCAGCAGCUGGCUCUGACCAUCAUGGCAGUGACAGACCUUCCUGCACACAAGCGCACCGGAAACUUCUCCUGGCAGGUCCACCUGGUGCUGCUGCCCACCAAGAAGCAGAGGGCAAAGACCGGGAUCCAGAGAGGCCCCUGCCCCGUCUUCACGGAAACCUUCCACUUCAGCCACGUGGAUUCAGAGAUGAUCAGCAACUACGCCGUCAGAUUCCGCCUUUACAGUAUGAGACGGAUGAAGAAGGAGAAGGUGUUAGGAGAGACGGUGUUCUACCUCACCAAGCUCAACCUGCAGGGCAAAAUAUCUGUGCCCGUCAUUCUGGAUCCAUGCUGUGUUCUCCUGGGCGCUGAAUCUCAGGUCAGCCUCUCAGACACGACGUGCACCGACAGCGCCUCAUCGUUCCAGUCUGUGAGUCCGUCGUCCACACCUGAGAUCCUGGUGGGUCUGGUUUACAACGCCACGACAGGACGUCUCUCUGUGGAGAUCAUCAAAGGCAUCCACUUCAAAAACCUGGCUGCCAACAAGCCACCCAACGGGCUGUUCUGUUGUCUAAAACACUUGAUAGGUGGACAGGUUUAUAUAAUCAGAGAUACAUAUGUUAAGCUGACGCUGCUGAACUCCAUGGGCCACGAGAUGUCCAAGUGUAAGACGUCCAUCUGCCGGGGUCAGCCCAACCCCACCUACAAAGAGACCUUUGUUUUCCAGGUGGCUCUUUUCCAGCUGUCGGACGUCACGCUCAUCCUCUCUGUCUACAACAAGCGCAGCAUGAAGCGCAAGGAGACCAUUGGCUGGAUUUCAUUUGGUCUCAACAGCUCUGGAGAGGAGGAGCUCAGCCACUGGACGCAGAUGAAAGAGUCUAAAGGACAGCAGGUUUGCCACUGGCACAGUUUACUGGAGUCGUAACGGCAGCAGGUGAAGCUGAGAGGCGGAGACAGGGAGGAUUUCAGCAGGGUUCCAAUCACACGUCUCCUAAUGACCUUUAAAUUCAUGCAUACGCACUUUUAUUUCUUAAUGAAUGGCUUUCAUUAGUUAAGAUAGAGCUGGAGUUUACCCAGAAUCCUCUGGCUCUAACAAAGGUAUCUUUAAUCUUAUCAUUAAUGUUUCAAUUACAGAUAUUUAUUUGUGUCAGCAUUUAAUGAACAAGUGAAUUAUUGCAAUUAAAAAAAAAAAGUUUACCCGGGCGAUGAACGUCUGAACUCAAA